AUGGGAAGUGGCGCAUCCCUCCAAGAUGCAACCCCGGCACAGAUCAAGGAGACUUUCGGCACGCUGUCUGAGGAGGACGGCCAAGCUUUGCACGAGCAGAAGAAGAUCACCGAAGCACUUUCGAAGGUCGAAGCGAAAGUAGAAGCUGCAGCACCGGCAACAGGGGAGGCUCCUGCUGCGCCGGCAGCAGGGGAGCCUCCGGCCGAGGAGGCCCCACCUGGUGCGGUGGUGAAGAAGGAAGAUGCGCCAGCAGCGGAAGAAUCCCCGAUGUCGGAUGAGCAGCUGAGCAUGCUCAAGGCAGCUUUCGAUGACAUUGACACCAAUGGUUCGAAGUUCAUCGAGGCGUCCGAGCUGAAAACGGUGUUGGGAAAAAUGAAGGUGGACCUCUCUGAAGACCAGAUUGACGCCGUGUUCAAACGUGCAGACAUCAACAAGGAUGGGAAGCUCAGCUUUGAUGAGUAUAAGAAGCUGGUGUGUGCAGGUAUGUCUGUGACCAAAUGA